GGGAGAGAGGGAGGAGAGGCGGGAUCGGCGGCCCCGCGGCGCACCACAGUGUCCCGGACCCCCGCGCGCGGGCCACCGGCUCCAUGGCGACCGGGCUCGAGGACGCGGUCUACGGACUUUCGGAAGACGAGGGAGAAUCUCGCAUUCUCAGGGUAAAGGUGGUUUCGGGAAUUGAUCUCGCCAAAAAGGACAUCUUUGGAGCCAGUGACCCCUAUGUGAAGCUGUCCUUGUAUGUAGCUGAUGAGAACAGAGAACUCGCUUUGGUUCAGACAAAGACAAUUAAAAAGACGCUGAAUCCAAAGUGGAAUGAAGAAUUUUAUUUUAGAGUAAACCCAUCUAAUCAUAGGCUCCUAUUUGAAGUGUUUGACGAAAACAGACUGACACGGGACGACUUCCUGGGCCAGGUGGACGUGCCUCUCAGUCACCUUCCGACAGAAGACCCAACCAUGGAGAGACCUUAUACAUUUAAGGAUUUUCUCCUACGACCUCGAAGUCAUAAGUCUCGAGUCAAGGGGUUUCUGCGGUUGAAAAUGGCGUACAUGCCAAAAAACGGAGGUCAAGACGAGGAGAGCAGCGAGCAGAGGGAUGACAUGGAGCAUGGGUGGGAAGUCGUUGACUCAAAUGACUCAGCGUCCCAACACCAGGAGGAGCUCCCUCCCCCUCCUCUGCCCCCAGGGUGGGAAGAGAAAGUGGACAACUUGGGCCGCACUUACUAUGUCAACCACAACAACCGGAGCACACAAUGGCACCGGCCCAGCUUGAUGGACGUGUCCUCUGAGUCGGACAAUAACAUCCGGCAGAUCAACCAGGAGGCGGCCCACCGUCGCUUCCGCUCGCGCAGACACAUCAGCGAGGACUUGGAGCCCGAGGCCUCAGAAGGUGGCGGAGAGGGCCCCGAGCCUUGGGAGACCAUCUCAGAAGAAGUCAACAUGGCAGGAGACUCUCUCAGCCUGGCUCUGCCCCCACCACCCGCCUCCCCCGUGUCUCGGACCAGCCCCCAGGAGCUCUCAGAAGAGCUCAGUAGAAGGUUGCAGGUCACUCCGGACUCCAAUGGAGAACAGUUCAGCUCUCUGAUCCAGAGAGAGCCGGCCUCCAGGCUGCGGUCCUGCAGUGUCACCGACGCCGUCGCCGAGCAGGCACACCUUCCACCGCCCACUGCUCCAUCCAGGAGAGCUCGCUCGUCAACUGUCUCGGGUGGUGAGGAGCCGACGCCAUCCGUGGCGUAUGUACAUACCACGCCGGGCCUACCUUCAGGCUGGGAAGAAAGAAAAGAUGCGAAGGGACGCACAUACUAUGUUAAUCAUAACAAUCGAACCACAACGUGGACUCGACCGAUCAUGCAGCUCGCAGAAGACGGUGUCUCGGGAUCCACAAACAGUAACAACCACCUAAUCGAGCCUCAGAUCCGGCGGCCUCGUAGUCUCAGCUCGCCAACAGUAACUUUAUCCGCCCCGCUGGAGGGUGCCAAGGACUCCCCCAUACGCCGGGCUGUGAAAGAUACCCUUUCCAAUCCACAGUCCCCUCAGCCAUCACCUUACAACUCCCCCAAACCACAACACAAAGUCACACAGAGCUUCCUGCCGCCUGGCUGGGAGAUGCGGAUAGCUCCAAACGGCCGGCCCUUCUUCAUUGACCAUAACACAAAGACUACAACAUGGGAAGAUCCACGGCUGAAAUUUCCAGUUCACAUGCGGUCAAAAGCAUCCUUGAACCCCAAUGACCUGGGCCCUCUGCCUCCUGGUUGGGAAGAGAGAAUUCACCUGGAUGGGCGCACGUUUUACAUUGACCACAAUAGCAAAAUUACUCAAUGGGAAGAUCCCAGACUUCAGAACCCAGCCAUCACUGGCCCGGCUGUUCCUUACUCCAGAGAAUUUAAGCAGAAAUAUGACUACUUUAGGAAGAAAUUAAAGAAACCCGCUGAUAUUCCAAAUAGGUUCGAGAUGAAACUUCACAGAAACAAUAUAUUUGAAGAGUCCUACCGGAGAAUCAUGUCUGUGAAAAGGCCAGAUGUCCUGAAGGCCAGGCUGUGGAUUGAAUUUGAAUCCGAGAAGGGGCUGGACUAUGGAGGUGUGGCCAGAGAGUGGUUCUUCCUACUGUCCAAGGAGAUGUUCAAUCCCUACUAUGGCCUCUUUGAAUACUCUGCAACGGACAACUACACCCUGCAGAUCAACCCCAACUCGGGCCUCUGUAAUGAAGACCACUUGUCCUACUUCACUUUCAUCGGAAGAGUGGCUGGCCUGGCAGUGUUUCAUGGGAAACUCUUAGACGGUUUCUUCAUCCGGCCAUUCUACAAGAUGAUGCUGGGAAAGCAAAUCACACUGAAUGACAUGGAGUCUGUGGACAGCGAGUACUACAACUCUUUGAAAUGGAUCCUAGAAAAUGACCCCACGGAGCUGGACCUCAUGUUCUGCAUAGAUGAAGAAAACUUUGGACAGACAUAUCAAGUGGAUUUGAAGCCCAAUGGGUCAGAAAUAAUGGUAACAAAUGAAAACAAAAGGGAAUAUAUUGACUUAGUCAUCCAGUGGAGAUUUGUGAACAGGGUCCAGAAACAAAUGAACGCCUUCCUGGAGGGAUUCACAGAACUGCUUCCAAUUGACUUGAUCAAAAUUUUUGAUGAGAACGAGCUAGAGUUGCUGAUGUGCGGCCUUGGCGACGUCGACGUCAAUGACUGGAGACAGCAUUCUAUCUACAAAAACGGUUACUGCCCCAAUCACCCUGUGAUCCAGUGGUUCUGGAAGGCCGUGCUUCUGAUGGACGCCGAGAAGCGGAUCCGGCUGCUGCAGUUCGUCACGGGGACGUCCCGCGUGCCCAUGAACGGGUUUGCCGAGCUUUAUGGUUCCAAUGGUCCUCAGCUGUUUACAAUAGAGCAGUGGGGCAGUCCUGAAAAACUGCCCCGAGCUCACACAUGCUUUAAUCGCCUUGACUUACCUCCGUACGAAACCUUUGAAGAUUUACGAGAGAAACUUCUCAUGGCCGUGGAAAACGCUCAAGGGUUCGAAGGGGUGGAUUAAGGAAGGCCUCCUGCCCUGCCCGGGGCCACCGCCCAUCCCACAAGAUCCGAGUGCACUUUCGCAUUUGCCUAGCAGACUUUUGCGGAGCGGGUGACAGAGGCAGCUGCCCGGCCUGGCUCCUGAGCCGAGCCGCCUCUGGGCCCUGCCCAGAGUUCCCAGGGGACCCCAGCCCCAGCUCCAGUGCCCGCCUCUCACCACCAAUUCUCAACCGGCUGACUGAUGUGCACACUAAUUACAUUUCAGGAGGACGUGAUCUAUUUAUGUUAUGCCUCUGCAGGCAAAGCCCUUAAUAAAUAUUUUGCAUACUUUCUAAUGACAAUGAAUGGAAUUAAUCGCUCUACAGGUAUAGUAUUACAGCUCAUGUUUACUUUUUAAAAUGAUUUAGACCGAUUUCAGAUUUUAUUUCAUUACAAUUAAAGAUGUCUCAUGUACUCAGAGAAGUGAGCAUAUUUUUUUGUAUUUGAAUUUCAUACCAAGCUUAAUGUCAGUGACAUUUUUAUUUUUGAAGUACUUUGGCUCUCCUCACCCUCUGUUAGGAUUCUUGGAAGACUAAUUUUUGUCCAAAAUCCUUCUACAGACAAAUACUUUGAGAGAACGUCAAAUGCAACAUUAAGCAUAAUGCCAAUUUUUUCCAUGCUCAGAAUGAAAAGAAACUGGAUAUUUGUUUUGUACAAACUUAGAUCAUAGCUGCGGGCUGAGAGGACUGUAACAUACAUAGCAUGACAUCUUUGCGUGUACUUGAGAGGAGUGACGGCCACCAUUCCUUAGAAGUAUGCACGGGUGCAGUCGCACAUUUGAGACAGGGUUGGACCAUCCUCUGUCACGAGAAAGCCUCUACCCCUCCCGUCACCCCCUGUACAGUCUCCCUGGGUUCUGGUUUCCCUGUGCUGUUUGCGGUAGAGACAAUUUGAAUGAAAGUUGGCGCUGCUUGAUCAAGAUGGAGGAAGCCAGGCCCAGUGGUCUCCUGUCUGUCUGUGUGCUUGCUGACAGCACUUGUGGCCCAUUCUCGCUGGGACUGCACCAAGUGUGGAGGCGCUUUAGAUCACACACGGAGGUCCUGUCUGGUCGUGUUAUCAUUUCUUAUUGUUAAAAAAAACUCAAUGUGAUGAUUUCUUCUCCCUGCACACACCUUUCUGGUGCAAUAUUUCUCUGUUGUAAAUCUGGCUGCUCGUGUAUAAAAUCCUGGAUAUGACUCGGAGCCUACACACCUGUCUUCUCCAAAUGCUUUCUGAUUGAUUUCUCUGUACUCAGCGACAAGGAUCCACUUAAUAUACACUUACCUGGGUUUCGUUAGGGGUGACUUGUUGCAUGCCUCGGUAUUGUUUACUGCUGCCUCAGCUCUCUGCACUGAGUGUUACUUUAGACACAAGGUGGAGCACCUGUGGGUGCCCGCUGAGCGCAGGCUGCCUGGAGGGGUGAGGGUGUUUGUGAAGAUCCUCAGUCUCCGUCCCACAUUUCUGCUGCGCUCCAAGAAGAUACAUGAGACGGCAUGGGAGUUCAGCAUCCCACUGUCCUUUUAACUCCUGCUGUCCUAGACCCUGUCACAGAAGGUAGGGGACACUGGAUAUUUCAUCUCUUGACAGUUGUAGAUAAGACCAGAAUCUUCUGGUUUUGAGGUCUCUGUUUUGUAAGAAGGACUUUUGGUGUAAGGAAUUACUUGUGUGUACACAGCUCUGGGUGGCCUGGGAGAAGUCACAGGUGCUUGUCAUGGUAACUGAGUUGUCCAAAGGAACACAGGGGACUGAGCUCCCAGAAGGUGGUCAAUUCUUCCAGGCUGAGGACUGGCUUCCUUUCACACUGGUUUUAGGAUACUUAGUAGUGGUCAGACACUUAGGUAUUGAGUAAUUAUAAAAGUAAUAAUGCUCCUAUUUUUGUCUCUUAGUGAGUUUUCUCCCUAUAGUUAACAUAAAAAAUAUUUCAAUGACAAAAAUACACAGCUUUUGUGUAACCUUCCUCAUCCUGAGCCAUCUCUCUGUUAAAGGCACCAAAGCCUGAGCUGAGAAAUGUGAUUAAAUGAAAUUGGAGAGUGAUCACAUCAUUCCGGAGAAGAAGUCCAGUCUUGAUGAAUAAUACAGAUUAUUCAUUCUGUAAGCCGUGUGUUAAAAAAAAUAUAUAGCAUUAUUAAGCCAAAAGUAUUACAAAUAUGAAAUGAAAAACUAGUCAUUUCUAAGGCCAGUAAUAGAAAAGAAUUACUGAAAUAUACUCCUGGGAAUGCUGGACACAUAGUCAUUGUACCUAGCACUAAAGUUCGCCCCUUACAAGUAUCUGCCCCUUACAAGUACCUGAUUUAAAAAACUACUGCUGGAUUGAAUGUUGAUAUGGCAUUCUCCAGUUCUCAACAGUUGGUGGAGUUUCACUCUUUUCCUAAAAUGGUCCUGUGUCUUGUCACCAGUGACAUCACUGCAGGUGAUGGGGGUGAGUCUCUGUCCCACCUGAGGAGCAAGCUGUGGGGUCAUUCCUUGGGCCAUCCCCACUGCAGCUAGCUGGCCUAGGGAAGGGCUGACCAUCUGGCUUCUCUGGGCAGACAAGCUGUUGUGUGUCCCGGGCUGUGUCUGUGUUCCUUUCCUCCUGAGCUGAAGAGCUCUCGUUCAUCCUGAAACUGUGUGGGCUGUCUACUGUGAGGCUUGUAGUAUGUGCCAGGACUUGCACUGCAUGGAAGGGCUUUAAGCAUCCUAAGGCUGCCAUGGUAUGACUGUCCCUGCUCUUUUUGGUCUGUGCGUGAAUCUGGAUUAACCCACUGUCUCCAGGAGGCAUUUGCCUGUGCUACAGGUACUCUGUGCACUGUCCUUGUGUGAAACACCAUCCUUUAGACUGUUCAAUAGCCAGCCCUCCGUCACACGAACCAGAGAUACAUACUUAAUUUCUGUUUCCGGGCUGGGGCUGUCCCAUCAUGCCUGAGUACCUGCCUAACAUGUACAAAGCCUAGCCCUGACAGUUGGGGUGGGGGGAAGCAAGUGAGGCAGAGGGAGUAAGAAAAAGAAAUUUGGUUUCCAAAGACCUUGAGUAGGGAACAUUAGAUCAUCCCUAAACUCAGAUGGAAAGUGGCUUGCUAGGAAUUGUGCCCAAACAUAAGGGUCCAGCAGUGAAGACUCUGAGAAAUUGUUUGCAAAAUAUGUGAACCAGUUCAUACAUGUUGUAUUGCUGCACAAAUGACAUGUACUGUUGCUUUUUAAUCUUGCUAGGUUCCAUGUUGCUCUCUUGAAAGUCAGGUUCAUAUGCAGCAAUGUCACAUGUUCUAACAGAUACCAAUUGAUCAUUUUCUAUUUUCCUAAAGUCUUGUAUCUCACCUUUGAAAUAUCAGAGUCUACAAAGAGAAGCUGGGCUCACCACCUGCCCAGUCCCUCCCUGCCGUUUAGCUCUCCUCCUCCUCUGUCCUCUUCCCUCCUCACCUUGCCUGGGCACGUCAGGAGAGGUGCUGUCGGGUGUUAUUUGCUUCCUGGCCAGUAGGGGUGCUGCUGUGCAGGGCCACUGCCUGCCUUGCACCCUCUUGGCCCCCUGAAGACCACAACACUACCUCUGUCUCAUUUAGGCACUGGGGUAUAUCCAAAGUCAUGUCAAAACUGCCAAUUUCAGGACUGGGGAUAUGUUUAAAAUAAGCUCCACUUUGUACUUUAGACUUUAAAACUGGGAAGAAAAUGUGAUAUAUCUUGGACCACUUUUUAUUUAUAUAAGCCUUAAUGAAGAGUGUCUGUACACUUGAGUAUUCACACUCCUCUCCAAAUUGUUUUCAGUGUGUCAGAGAAAAAGCUGUAGCUUUAGGUUGUGAGCCUGUAUAAUGUUUUCUAGCAAUGGGGUAGCUUUCUGUUGGUAUGGAAUUUUCCAAGGAAAUGUCUCAUUCAGUGUUGAUCCUUUGUUUAAAAUGUUACCUUCAAAGCAAUGUUUAAGCACACGCAUCAUUGUCGGUUUUAUUUCGGUAAGGAGUCACAGUAAGGAUCUAAGGACAUCGCUCUUGGUGCCUCACUUCUAGCCUGCCGCACUGUCCACCGGUAUCUGUGCAUAGAAAGCCUUUCUCAUGACUAUAACCGGUGUCGACAGAGGUGUGUGUUCCCAUGUAAAGCCAGUCGGCCCCUCAUACACAGACUGAUGACCCCUGGAAUGUCACCAUUUCCUUCAUGUUAACUGUGACUCUGUUCUUUUGCUAUUUCAUAUGUAACAUAUAUACAUAUAUACGUAUGUAUGCUGUCCAAAUAUAUAUGUAUAUAUUUCUAUAGCAUUUUUACACCUUGCUGAAUAAUCGGGACUUAAAAGGGAAUGAAAGCUUAGUCCCUUCUACAGUUUUCUCCAAGCUGUGUCCUGAGGAUUCCAACCCUUGGAGCCUGAGAGAACCCUAGAAAGACAUUACUUGCUGUCAUUUCUUCAUUCAGGAUCUGUUAUCAAAUGAAACAUAAACUUUUAAGGUAAAAGGAGUUCCAAGCAUUCCAAAUGAAUUCUCAGUGUUUCAUAACUUUUUAUUAUAAAUCCACCUCUAAUAUAAAGCCGAGUGCUAUUUGAUAUAAUGGUCAAAACCAAACUACCUUGACUUUUUUUUUUUAAGACAACUUAAUGGAUAAUGCUAAUUUUCACAAUCAGAAUAGCUUUAAUUAAAACAUGGUUGAAUUUGAUACACACAGGAAAAGUUUUAAAGACAAGUCCUUUUAUUUUUGCCUUCUGGAAAGAUCUGAAGAGAAAUUGUAGCUUGUUCUCCUGACAGCAAGAGUAAUGUGACAAAGUGAAGUCAUUGUAAAGCAGUGAUACAACUUGUCAAAUAAUGUAAUAAAGAAUUAUGGAAGCUGGAACAUUUCCUACACCAAGUA